AUGUCAAAAUACGAGGAUGACAAAGGUCAACCGAGGGAGAAGGAAAGGGUUCCAACGCUCAAUACGACUGACUGGAAGACACCACAUGGACAAGUCAAGGCACAGAGAGAUACUGAAGAUGUGUCACCGCGGUCUAAAGGCGAAAUUCCCCUGAGCGAUAGGCACACAGAGGAGAUCCGGAGGCGCAUCGAGGAAGUAAAAGAGAGGGCAGCGAGAACUAGUCCUGUUUCCGAUGUUCCAGUUCCUCCCCGAACAUCAACCCAGUCGGCUGCUCCGCCUCCCAUGCAUGCCAACCUGCCCUCGGCCAGCUUGAGCUCUGUGUCACCGGAGCUUCUGACGGAGCUGCGCAAGAUCAUCAGGGAAGAGGUCGAGCAGCUGAACAAAGGGGAAAAGCAGGCCGAGCCAGGAGAUAAGCCUUCACGACCCCCAAGGCCGACAUCCCCUGUCCGUUCAUGGACCGACACUCAGGAACAUGUUCUCCCUGCCGCCGCUGCCGCUGCCGCUGCCGCUGCCGCCACCACUGCAAGCUUGCCAAAGGACAGUGGCGAGAAGAGAACCAGCCCAACGACAGGAGGGACCUCUCCGACCACCACGCAGCACAGGGAUCAUCCACGGCAGUCGACUGUGCGCUUUAGCGAAGAGACCAAAGCAGCUGCGCCUGUACCGCCACGAAGCAGCGCGGACGAUACCCGCCGGGCCUCAACCACGAAAGAUACCAGACAAUUGACGGCGAUCGACCAGAAGUGGGGACUGCUGUUUGACAAAGACGGCGAAUCGACCAAGCGGAUGGAACAUGUUGUUAAGGGGCUUGCCAAAUAUAUCAUUGACGAGUUCAUGCCUCAGAAUUCCAUCGUCAUCACACCUGAGAAGAUGGCCGCAUUCUACUCUCACCACCGGUUAGACAAGGAGGUCUUCCCCUUCGCAGUACUGUUCAAAUCACGUUCCAAGCACCUUAGCGAGGCUUUGGAAAGCCUGUAUGAGGAUCUGGGAUGUCAGUACUUCCUUGCCCCCGCUGAUAGUAGGUCACGGCCAAGUGUGCCCGCCUUGACGCCAGCGGGAUUUAAGCACUGGCUGGUUUCUUUCAUGCAAGCGUACCCGGACGAGGAGGCAAAACGCCUGGACAAGGUCGUCUCAGCGUUGCCUAUCGAGGCAGACAGUCUCCUGGAUGGGAAACCUGAGAGACUUCCGAAGCAGAUCUCACGAUAUCUCCUUCCGGAAAAACCCGUGCGAAAGGUGCAAAAACUUGUGGACGAGGCGAUGAGGGACUUCACGCAAGACAUCAACAAUUCAUCGACAUCGCAAUCAAACACAGAUAACAACAGUGGCGGCACUGGCAGGCCAACACCGAUCGUCGUAACCCAGGAGAAAAGGCCCUCGACAACUACAAGCGGUGCGCAAAGCUCACGGUACAUACCGGAUGCUGCCGUCAAGGAGCACAGGUCGGAUGAGGGGCGGACGACCUCAACAGCUGCGAGUGGCAGCCGCGAUCACGAUGACAGCCGGAGAAAAUCGAUGCCGCCCCCACCAGGGCCUGGCCAUCUCGGGCGCACCAACUCACUCGACACCGGUAGCCGCAACCCCCAAAGCAGUAGGACGCCCCACGGCUCCUCAUCCAAUGCAGGCUCAGGUAGGGCAGCGGCCGGGUCCUCGUCGUCGUCCUCCAGGAAGAACCGCAGCCCGCAGAGGAACCCGUACAGCCAGUCAGUACCGUCUGGCCUCAACCGCGACGACCUAGGAAGCGACCGGGCCCGUGGGUCCGCCGCAAUAUCAGCUGCGGCAGCGAAUGUCGCUGCGGCGGUGCUGAGGCCCACGUCGCGCACGGCGACCGCGGCGGCCCAGCUCGCAUCUCACGCCAUGUCGUCGUCGACGUCAGCCCUCGACACGGGUGUGCGAGACCCGCGGGCUGGCGAUUCCCGCGACAAGCGGCCCAGCCUGGACGAGUCGACGCCGCGGGCGCCGACGUCGGCAUUCAACCUGAGGGACAAGGCGGGCCUCGAGAGCAGCAGCUCCAGCAAGCAGUCCAAGAGGCGGAGCAUGGUGCUCCCAGACCUCAAGGGGCCAACCUGGGACGACUACCUCAAGAGCUCCGCACCGAAGUCGUCUACUUCGUCGUUCAUGAAGAGGGCGGACCCCGGGUAUCACUCGUCGAGUUGA